AGCCUCGGCCAGCUCGGGGGGCGGGUGCCGGAGCGGAGCGCAGCGCAGCACUAUCUGUCCGCAGCGCGGACUGACUGGAAGCGGGCGCUGCCGCGGGAGGCGGACGAUGGGGGCAGGUGCCGCCGGCUGCGCCAUGGACCGGCCGCGCCUGCUGCUGCUGCUGCUCCUGGGGGUGUCCUUCGGAGGUGCCCAGGAGGCAUGCUUCACAGGCAUGUACACCCACAGCGGCGAGUGCUGCAAAGCCUGCAACCUAGGAGAGGGUGUGGCCCAACCUUGUGGAGCCAACCAGACUGUGUGUGAGCCCUGCCUGGACAGCGUGACGUUCUCCGACGUGGUGAGCGCCACGGAGCCGUGUAAGCCGUGUACCGAGUGCGUGGGCCUGCAGAGCAUGUCGGCGCCCUGCGUGGAGGCCGACGACGCCGUGUGCCGCUGCGCUUACGGCUACUACCAGGACGAGGCGACGGGGCGCUGCGAGGCGUGCCGCGUGUGCGAGGCGGGCUCGGGGCUCGUGUUCUCGUGCCAGGACAAGCAGAACACCGUGUGCGAGGAGUGUCCCGACGGCACGUACUCCGACGAGGCCAACCACGUGGACCCGUGCCUGCCCUGCACCGUGUGCGAGGACACAGAGCGCCAGCUGCGCGAGUGCACGCGCUGGGCCGACGCCGAGUGCGAGGAGAUCCCUGGCCGCUGGAUUACACGGUCCACACCCCCAGAGGGCUCAGACAGUACCGCCCCCAGCACCCAGGAGCCCGAGGUACCUCCAGAGCAAGACCUUGUGGCCAGCACAGUAGCAGAUGUGGUGACUACAGUGAUGGGCAGCUCCCAGCCCGUGGUGACCCGAGGCUCCACUGACAACCUCAUCCCCGUCUACUGCUCCAUCCUGGCUGCUGUAGUUGUGGGCCUCGUGGCCUACAUUGCCUUCAAGAGGUGGAACAGCUGCAAGCAGAACAAGCAAGGAGCCAACAGCCGGCCUGUGAACCAGACACCCCCACCCGAGGGAGAAAAACUCCACAGCGACAGCGGCAUCUCUGUGGACAGCCAGAGCCUGCAUGACCAGCAGCCCCACACACAGACAGCCUCAGGCCAGGCCCUCAAGGGGGACGGAGGCCUCUACAGCAACCUGCCACCGGCCAAGCGGGAGGAGGUGGAGAAGCUGCUCAAUGGCUCUGCGGGGGACACCUGGCGGCACCUGGCGGACGAGCUGGGCUACCAGCCUGAGCACAUAGACUCCUUCACCCAUGAGGCCUGCCCUGUCCGCGCCCUGCUCGCCAGCUGGGCGGCCCAGGACAGCGCUACGCUCGAUGCCCUCCUGGCUGCCCUGCGCCGCAUCCAGCGAGCCGACAUUGUUGAGAGCCUGUGCAGCGAGUCCACUGCCACGUCCCCGGUGUGAGCUGACCCGGAGCCCCUGCCCUGCCCCCACAUUCCGGUGACUGAUGCUCCAGCCAGCCCCCCAUGGGCCAGCAUCAGAGCUGAGCUCCUCUGGGCAGGGCUGUGGAGCCUGGGCCCCUAAACCACAGCCCUGUCAUUGACCCCUUGUGGCCCCAUCGCUUCUGACCACACUCCCUCUCCAGCACCAGAGGUACCCUCGCUGCCUCUCCACCCUGUCCCUACCCCUCACCAUCUCCAGCCUUCUGCUCCUUCUCCCACACUUCCAGGUGGGCCAGCUCCUCCCACCAUAGCAGGUGUCAUACCUGGGGGGCUGACACCAGGGAUAGUGUUGGAGUGACAACGAGGCCCCAGAGACUCAGAGAGAGACUGAGGAACCAGAGCCAUGGACUCUACACUGUGAACUUGGGGACUGAGGGCGCAUCCGUGGCCUAAAACCUCCCUCAGCCCCCAUCACGCCUCCCCUCUGGCCUAAGACGAAGAGGGUUGGAGCUUGUCAGAGCUGGAAGAGGGUAUUGAAAUCUAGUCCACCCUCCUUGUUUCACAUACAGGACAGUGAGGCCCAGAGAGAGGCAGGGACUGGCCCAAAGCCACCCAGAAAUGGGGUAGCCAAAUGUGGGCUGGCCUCCUCCUCUCUGAAUGAAGGGCACAAGCCUCACCUUUGCUUAAAGGCUGGGAGAAGGGGGGACGGGUGACAACCCCUGGGAAAUGUCUUACAGCCAAAUCCGGUCCACCCUCCACCAUCCCCAGGCCUGUUCAACCCUGGUGGAGAUAGAUGCUUUACCCAAGGCUUGGUCCGUUGACCCAUCAUGACCCGAGUCAGGUUUGGGGUUUGUGGAAAGGGGUGCUGCUUCCCCUUUCCUGUCACCCUAAGGCGUGUCAGUGUGGCACCUGUGGCGUGGCCCAGUCUGUAGGUGCCCUCCAUCCAGGCAUAGACCAAGAGCCAACACAGACAGUACCCCUACCUGCAACACACACACACACACACACACACACACACACACACACACACACACACAGUGAGAAAUCUUUUCUCCACAAGUUCUUUCUCUUGGGCUGGGACCGGAUCCUGCCCGGGGCAGCUGCCAGAGAAGCAUCCCAGGGAAUUGAACUCUGCGCAUUGUCUUCUCUCGCCCCCGGGUUUGGCGGGCCAAGGACGGCUGAGGCUCGAGCUGGCGCCUGUCUUCCAAGGGCCUGCACGGGAGGAAUGCUCCCCCUCCUCUGAAGCCGUGGGUUUGGCUGGGCCCUGAAGGCUGCAAAGAAGAAAAGUGGACCAGUGUGGGAAUGCAGGAAGAAGGAAUUGAGUUCAACUGUAGCCCCUAGACUCUGGUCUGUCCAAGUUUAGAGGACUGUACAAAGGACAGUUUUUUCCCUAGCUUGGUGCCAGGAAGGGGCCUGGAGGCCCCUCCUGGCCUGUUCUGUUUUGCUUGAUGUUGGAAUGAUUGGCUCCCCCAUCUAUUUAGCAUGAACGAGCCCGAGCAGGGUGUGCACUAACAGCCACCCCCUCCCCCGCCCAGGGUUCUCCCAGCCCCCUGUAAGGGAUGGGGAACAUUGUAUGUAGAUGGCAUUUCUUUGACCUCAAUCUGUGAUGGGAGGAGGAAACUCACCUGCUGGCCCCUCGCCUGUGCACCUGGGAGUGGGGCAGAGUCUGAGUGUAUUUAUUUUCCUCCCCAGCAGUUGGGGAGGGGGUUGGGGGUGGCAAGUAUGUUUUAGCAUGUGUUUGGUUCUGGGGCCCCUCCUGCCUCCCUUUGGUCGGAGAUGGAACCCUUUUGGCCCCCUAGCUGGGGACUCUGAGCUCCAGAGUCCCUGACACCUUUCCCUUGCAUCUUGUGUAAUCAUUUCUUGGGCCCUCCCGAAACAUACACAUAAAACAUAAAUGAUGAACAUUAAAUAGCAAAGAAAGAAAA